AGCCAAAAGGAGUCCGUCGGCGACCGGACCGAGCAAAGCUCCGUCUUUUCUCUCUCCCACGCCCACCAGCGAUCCCAUCUCACCGCCGCCGCCCGCGUGGAGGACCGCCGCUGCGGAGGAGCCGGAGGCAUGAGGAAGUCCAAGGCGGCGGCUGCGGCGGCCGCGAAGCAGCCGCACCACGCGGCGCAGAACGGCCACGCCCUCCCGUCCCGGCUCGCCCGGUACCUCGACCCCGACGCGUCCUUGGACAAGGACCAGCUGCUGGACGCGGUGCACUGGAUCCGGCAGGCGGUGGGGCUCGCCUGCGGCCUGCUCUGGGGCGCCGUCCCCCUCGUCGGCGCCUUCUGGAUCGCCCUAUUCUUUACUAUUUCCACCGUGAUAGUUCAUUUGUACUAUGCACACUUGCUGAAGAUUGAUGAGGAAGACUUUGGAGGCCAUGCCGCCCUACUUCAGGAGGGGCUCUUUGCUUCGUUCACUCUUUUCCUGCUUUCGUGGACUCUGGUAUACAGCCUGGCUCACUUCUGAGAGGCCCGUCUGCAGAAACAUGGCGUCGGAUUUUCGUUGUUAAUUUUCAUUCACUAUCUUGUAAAAUUAGUUAUCAAGGAUGUAAUGGCAUGGUCAUGUAGAACAACGUCGUCGUCGAGCUAUAACUGUAAUGUGGAUAGAAUCCCUUUAAACUUUAGUGAGAAAAUAGAGUGCCUGGUCUACCCAGUCAUGCUAAAAGAA